AUGGCAUCUCACAGUCCCCAAUUAACUCAAUUCCCAUCUCUCCACUCCCGCAAGCCAGUGUCGUCCGUCCCCUCCACCCUCCGCCAUGACUCCGGCGUCGAUCUUUCCGCGGAUAUCGCAGAUACUACAAAGAUUGUAGAUACAAGAGACAGCAUAGACACCAUAGACGCUCUAGACACCAUAGACGAAGCAUCCACCGCAGCCAACGGACGCCCAACCCCCUACUACCACGACCAAUCCGCCUCUCCCCUCCUUUCGCUCCCCGCCGAACUCCGCAACCAGAUCUACACCCACCUCCUCGUCCCCUGCCCGACCCACCUCUCCGCCCUGCGGCGCUGGACAGCCCAAAACCACCUCUCCGACUACGUCCUCCCCGCGCUCGACAUCCACCCGGCGAUCCUGCGCACCUGCCGCCAAGCCCACACCGAAGGCACGGACCUGCUCUACGGCGCCAACACCUUCUCCGCCCACCCGGCCCUGCUGACCCAACUCCCCUUCCUCGUCAAGGCGAGCCGGCCGAUCGUGUGUCCGGCUGUUGUGGGCAGGAUUAGGCGCUGGCAUGUUAAGGUGCGGCUGGAUACGGAUCCGAGGUAUAGCGCGGAGGAUGUGAGGAGGGCGUUUUCGGACGCUGAGGAGGUUGAGGUGGAUGUUUGGCAGACGCAGUUUGGGGCGUGCGAUUAUAGGAAUUUAGGGCUGUUUGAGGGCGUUAGGGGUGUGGGGAAGGCGGUUGUGGGAGGGAGUGUGGAGGCGGGGUUUGCGGGGUGGUUGGAGGGGGUUAUGAUGGGGCCGGUGGAGGGGGAAGGGGGAGGGGAUGGGGAGGCGAGUGGAGAGAAAAGAGUGAGUUGGGGGAGGGGUAGGGGAGUCUAUGAUUUGUGGGUGCAUGGAGGACGGUGA